AUGAACUUUGACAUUUUCGAGAUCGUAAUGUCAAUAUGGCCUAAGUGCCAUUCCUUUUCAUGUUGUACAUACGACCAUCAGCAUCUCACAAUAGAAAUAAGGGAAGCGACUGUGUCCACAGAAAAAAUAUCAAUUGCAAACGCUUCGUACGACUGCACGAUAUCACUUCCUAUGUUAGACUAUUUCACAAACAAAAUGCAACAUCAAAUCCACUGUUCCAUGAGUAAAGUAAAUAAAUGUACUUUGUAUACAGCUAGCAAAGUUUAUGUUCCUAUAUGCGCGAUCGUAGAUUGGAACGCUGUUGAUUCUGCGUAG